AUGGGAUUACUCGAUCAAUUCAAAUCGUCGUCGUCAUCAUCCUCUCAACAAACCAUGAGCUCCUCCGAUCAGCAACAACAAUCAUUGGCUAAUUCUGAUCCAGCUUCAUCAUCGGGAGCAAAUACUUCCUCAGGAGGUAAAAAGAAGGCUUCCACUAUCAUUAUCGGAUCCAUUGGUUUGGCAAUAUUGGGAUUUGCCAUCACCAGAUAUAAAGUCUGUGCUCCGAAUGAAUAUCUCGUUCGUACUGGUUUAGGUAUCAAGAAUAUUGUGGUUUCCAAGAAGGGUGUUAUUUGGCCAGGUCAGAAAGGAACAUUUGUGAGCAUUAAUCCAAAAACAUUCACAUUCAAUUUGCAUAACAUGAGCAAGGAAAAAGUUGAAUUUAAACUUCCAGUCACUUUUACAAUUGGUCCCAUUGACUUUAUAAAGGAUUCAGAUGGAUUUGUUACCUAUUGCUCAAAAGUAACAGAAUCUUCUCAAAAAGAUAUUGAAAAUCUUAUUGCAGGUAUUGUGGAAGGAGAAACUAGAGGUUUGACUGCCAAGUUGACCAUUGAGGAAAUGUUCAACUCAAAGGAAAGAUUCAGAGAAGAGGUCGUAACAAAUAUUGAGAAGGAUUUGAACAUGUUGGGUAUGACCAUUUAUAAUGCCAACAUUAAGGAAAUGUCAGAUUAUGACGAGAGAAACAAAUAUUUCGAGUAUAGAAAACAACGAGCCAUUGAAAAGGCCAACUAUCAAGCUCAAGCUGAUGUCAGUGAGGCCCGAAGAGAUGGUGAAAUUGCUGUUGAGGCCAAUCGUCGAGACACUCGUAUCAAAAAAGCUCAAUUGGAACAAGAAGCCAAACUUGCUGAAAAUGAAAAUCUCAAGACCAUUGAAAUUUCCAACGCUCAGCUCGAAGUGAUUCGAUCUGAAAACUUUAAGAAGAGUGAAAUUGCAAAAAUUGAGGCCGAAAUGGCAGCUAAAGAACGUUCUGCUAUUUUACAACGAGAAGUCAACACUAAACUCAAGGAACAACAAAUUGAAUUCAUGAGAAGUGAAUCCUUAGCAAAAGCCAUCGUCGAAGCAGAAGCCAUUGAAAGAAAUGCUGAUGCUGUAUACUACAGCGAGAAGAAGAAAGCAGAAGCCAUUGAGCUCACACUUCAAGCUCAAGCUAAUGGUCUUCGAAUGAUUUACGAAUCGUGUGGACGUCAUCCUGCUCUCACUCAAUUCUAUCUUGCACUCAAUGCAAACUUGUAUCCAGAAUUGGCCAAACAAAGUGCUGAAGCAGUACGAGGCCUUAAUCCAAAGAUUAAUAUUUGGAACACAUCAGGUGAUUCUCAAAAGAAUAGUGACACCAUGCAACCUAUCUUGAAAAUGGUUCAAUCUUUUGCACCAUUAAUGGAAGGUUUACAAACUCAAGGAAAUGUGAAAAUUCCAGAUUGGUUACCUCAGCAUUUUAGCGAGCAACUGUCCCAGAAUUUGUCAAGUGAGAAGGUCAUUGAAAAUGCAAGUGAACCAUCCGAAACCAAAUAG